AUGGAUCAAGAAGAUCUUAGAACCCUCGCGGAACAAUUAAGGAAAAAACAAUCGGAAGUAGAGGAGAAGGAAAUCGCGUUAGAUAAGAAAACACGAGAUGUCCUCGUAGCUCAAAAUAAAAUAGAAGCACUAACAAUAAUCGAGGAAGAACUCAAUACAAGAGAAAAAUUAGUAGCCGAAAAAGAGGCCCAUGCCAAACAACUAUUGGAAAGAUCAAGAGAAGUACAUGAUAAUCCAACUGCUUUUGCUCCUGAAAAUUCUCAAAAAUUGAAUGAAUCCAUAGGUUCCCAAAUAACAGAACUACAGGAAGAAUUAGCUCGCGUAAAACGAAUUGCGUUAAGAUCCGGUAGGCAAGAACAGCUGCCUGCAGUACACAUAACAUUUAAAGACGCGCUCGCUUAUAUUCCUACUUUCGACGGAACACAUUUAGAGGCAUCACAAUUUAUCAAAGCAUGUGAUCGCGCUUGCACUAUGCUUCCUGAGUAUGUUAUUCCCACGUUUAUGGAACUGAUCAGGCAAAAAUUUAAGGGCAGAGCACGAACGGCUAUGGAAAAUUUAGAGUAUAAUAACAUGCAAGAUCUCGAAACUCAUUUACGCGAAAUAUUCGACCCUUUAAUGACGAUUAAUCAAUGCAAAGCAGCAUUGGAAAACAUGUCAAAAGGACCACAGGAACACAUCAUUGACUAUGUCAAUCGAUCUCGAUCAGUCCACGGCAAUAUAGUCACCUUGGAAAGGCAGGAGAAGAAUAGGCCUCUAACCUUUGCUGAGAGGAAAAAAUUAGAAGAUGAUGCAAUUACCGCAUUUCUAAAUGGAAUUCCCCCCCUGCUGAGAACUGAGUGUAAACUCCAACCUCGUAACUCGCUGGAACAGGCAUAUACUAGUGCAAUCGCGGUGUAUAAAAACCACAUUAGAGAUAUUGAUCGGUUCAAAUCUCAUGCACGCGUCUUCCAGAUAAUAUCGGAUCCAUUGGAAGAACACGCAACCAAGGAACACGCCACAACCCACCAACAAAAAAUUAAUUACGAUCAAAAACCACGAAUGAAAUGUGAGUUCUGUGGAUUCAAAAAUCACACCGUGGACAAGUGCUUUAAGAAGCUAAAUGCCGAAAAGGCAGGGAAGAAUUCAGGGGAAAAAAUAAGUAAGACAGAUUUGUAUUGUGACCUAUAUAAAAUCAAGGGUCAUGAUCUCACUAUAUGUCGAAGAUUUGAAUAUUUUUACAAUAAAAAGAACCAAAAAAACGAGUCAACCCCCAGGGUGAAAACGAACGGAGCCCAGGGGGAGAUGAGUCCUCAAACCCCGUCAACGUCCAAACAAAUGAGUCCCCAAAAAUCCGAGUAG